AUGGAUUUAGUGGUUAAAAUAAGAGAAAAUAGUAUUCGAACUUCUACGACUCACGUGCUAGCGAUUAUCUUGGUAUUUGUUAUGUUAGCAGUAAUGUUGAUUAAGAUUUGCGGUAAAGCAGCGCAUUUAUUUGGUGUUCAUGGUGUUUUCAAUAGUCCAUCUCCACGAACAGAACCACCUGUAAGGCCACCUCCGCCACCAGUAGCACCUAUUAAUCCUGAGGUUAUUGCCGGUUGA